AGAGUACCUGAUACAUUGCAAGUUUGUUUGUGCCUCACAAAUGCACAGACUGCCUGAAGUUACAUUUCGAGACUGAAAUCACUGCACCUUAAAAACAAAAGAUUGAGCUGCACUGUGUUCCUACUGUUUUACCAUCAACAAUUGAAUAUUUCACACAACAUUGCUGCCUGCUGAGUUUAAUGUCUCAGGGUGGAAAUCGCUGGUGAAGUCUACCUGGCUCCUGGUUCCUUGACCACCAGUCCGAUACCUGUUCCUGCUCUUUAUAUGCAGCCGCUCUCUGUCCCCUGCCCCAAUGAACAUCUGCACUAGGCCCAAGCCUUGGAGUGAAUUACCUGAAGAGUGACACCAUUUAUCUGAAAACUACUAAAGUAUAAUUGAGAGGAAAAGUGUGAAAGAAACGCAAAGGGGAGACAAUAGAUGAGGAAACUGAAGCCCAGAGAGGUGAAGUGAGGUGCCCAAAGCCACACAGCAAGUUGCAGGCACAGCUAGUACCGUAGCCCAAGUCUCCUGACUCCCAGUCCAGUGCUCUUCCCAUUACUCCACGGGUCCUGUCUCUAAGCGUCCUGACAAAUGCUAGAACGGAAGAAACCCAAGACAGCUGAAAACCAGAAGGCAUCUGAGGAGAAUGAGAUUACUCAGCCGGGUGGAUCCAGCGCCAAGCCGGGCCUUCCCUGCCUGAACUUUCAAGCUGUUUUGUCUCCAGCCCUCAUCCCCUCAACACAUUCACUGACAAACUCUCACGCUCACACCGGCUCGUCUGAUUGUGACAUCAGUUGCAAGGGGAUGACCGAGCGCAUUCACAGCAUCAACCUUCACAACUUCAGCAAUUCCGUGCUCGAGACCCUCAACGAGCAGCGCAACCGUGGCCACUUCUGUGACGUGACGGUUCGCAUCCACGGGAGCAUGCUGCGCGCACACCGCUGCGUGCUGGCAGCCGGCAGCCCCUUCUUCCAAGAUAAGCUGCUGCUGGGCUACAGCGACAUCGAAAUCCCGUCGGUGGUGUCAGUGCAGUCGGUACAAAAGCUCAUUGACUUCAUGUACAGUGGUGUGCUGCGAGUCUCACAGUCGGAAGCUCUGCAAAUCCUCACAGCCGCCAGCAUCCUGCAGAUCAAAACAGUCAUAGAUGAGUGCACACGCAUCGUGUCACAAAACGUGGGCGAUGUGUUUCCAGGCAUCCAGGAUUCUGGCCAGGACACACCAAGAGGCACACCAGAGUCAGGCACAUCUGGCCAGAGCAGUGACACGGAAUCAGGCUACCUGCAGAGCCAUCCACAACACAGUGUGGACCGAAUCUACUCGGCGCUGUACGCUUGUUCCAUGCAGAAUGGCAGCGGCGAGCGCUCCUUCUACAGCGGUGCAGUCGUCAGCCACCACGAAACUGCUCUCGGCCUGCCCCGUGACCACCACAUGGAAGACCCCAGCUGGAUCACACGCAUCCAUGAGCGCUCCCAGCAGAUGGAGCGCUACCUGUCCACCACCCCUGAGACCACACACUGCCGCAAGCAGCCCCGGCCUGUGCGCAUCCAGACCCUGGUGGGCAACAUCCACAUCAAGCAGGAAAUGGAGGAUGACUAUGACUACUAUGGGCAGCAAAGGGUGCAGAUCCUAGAGCGCAAUGAAUCCGAGGAAUGCACGGAAGACACUGACCAGGCCGAGGGCACAGAGAGCGAGCCCAAAGGUGAAAGCUUUGAUUCCGGGGUCAGCUCCUCUAUUGGCACCGAACCUGACUCAGUGGAGCAACAGUUUGGAGCGGGAGCCUCAAGGGACAGUCAGGCGGAACCCGCCCAACCUGAGCAGGCAGCAGAAGCCCCAGCUGAGGGCAGUGCCCAGCCAAACCAGCUAGAAACAGGUGCCUCCUCUCCGGAGAGAAGCAACGAGGCGGAGAUGGACAACACAGUGAUCACUGUCAGUAACAGCUCUGAUAAGGGCGUCCUACAACAGCCUUCAGUCAACACAUCCAUUGGGCAGCCAUUGCCAAGUACCCAGCUCUAUUUACGCCAGACAGAAACGCUCACCAGCAACCUGAGGAUGCCUCUGACCCUGACCAGCAACACACAGGUCAUUGGCACAGCUGGCAACACCUACCUGCCAGCCCUCUUCACUACCCAGCCCGCGGGCAGUGGCCCCAAGCCUUUUCUCUUCAGCCUGCCACAGCCCCUGACAGGCCAGCAGACCCAGUUUGUGACAGUGUCCCAGCCCGGCCUGUCUACCUUUACUGCACAGCUGCCAGCGCCACAGCCCCUGGCAUCAUCUGCAGGCCACAGCACAGCCAGUGGGCAAGGCGAAAAAAAGCCUUAUGAGUGUACUCUCUGCAACAAGACUUUCACAGCCAAACAGAACUACGUCAAGCACAUGUUCGUCCAUACAGGUGAGAAGCCCCACCAGUGCAGCAUCUGUUGGCGCUCCUUCUCCUUGAAGGAUUACCUUAUCAAGCACAUGGUGACCCACACAGGAGUGCGAGCCUACCAGUGCAGUAUCUGCAACAAGCGCUUCACCCAGAAGAGCUCCCUCAACGUGCACAUGCGCCUGCACCGCGGGGAGAAAUCCUACGAGUGCUACAUCUGCAAGAAGAAGUUCUCCCACAAGACCCUGCUGGAGCGGCAUGUGGCCCUGCACAGUGCCAGCAACGGGACCCCGCCCGCAGGCACGCCCCCAGGUGCCCGCGCCGGCCCACCAGGCGUGCUGGCCUGCACUGAGGGGACCACUUACGUCUGCUCCGUCUGCCCAGCAAAGUUUGACCAAAUCGAGCAGUUCAACGACCACAUGAGGAUGCAUGUGUCUGACGGAUAAGUAGUACCUUUCUCUCUUUCUUAUGAACCAAACAAAACAACAACAAAAGAAAUAAACAAACAAACAAACAAACAAACAAAAAGCUAUGGCACUAGAAUUUAAGAAAUGUUUUGGUUUCAUUUUUACUUUCUGUUUUUGUUUUUGUUCCGUUUCAUUUUGUACUACAUGAAGAACUGUAUUUUGCCUGCUGGUACAUUACAUUUCCGGAGGCUCGGGUAAAUAAUACUUUUCCCAGUCUCCCUUGGAUGGUGGCCUUAAGGCCUGGUAGUGCUUCAAGAGGUCCACUGGUUGGAUCUCUAGCUACUGGCCUCUAAAUACAACCCUUCUUUACAAAAAACAAAACAAAACAAAAAAACAAAACAAAAACAAAAAAAAGCAAAAAACCACACACACAAAAAAAAAACAAAAACAAAACAAAAAAAUCUUUUAAAAAAGUUUAAAAAAAGUUUAAAAAAAAAGAAAAAUUGUUUUUCCACUCGUGAAGAGCACUACAAAAUCUAUAAGGAGAUGUAAAGGCCUGCUGUCUUUAAAGUACACCGCUCACAGUGUUUCAGUGGACAUUUCACAAUUCUGGCCACGUGGACUUCACAGUAACCAGUUCAAACUGUGGAAUAUCACUUCUGGUUGAAAGCCCAGAGGAAAGGCCCUGCUGUUUCCACCUACACAUUAUUAAAGGGCUGUGGGAUGGGAGGGGGCAGGGAACCCAGUGGUGUGGAGAGAAAGUGGCCCGGCAGGCUUCUCCCCCAGUUCUGCCGGCUCCACACACCCUGGCCCACCUCCUCCACCUCCCUCCCCCCACCCUUUCAGCAGAAGCCAGAAGACCUGGACAAGCAACAGUGGCUAUCGUAUUUAUUCAGUGUCUUUGCUGGGCCACGGCCUCAGCACAAUCAAGAGGGACUUUCAUGAAAGGCAGGAAUGCAGAGAAAACGAUAACAGAUUCACACCUAUGUUUCUAGGUACAAGAGAAGGAUUAUUUCCAACAACCUUUGCAAAAAAAAAAAAAAAAAAAGUGUCAGGAUAUAUUCUUGUGGAAGAGAAAAAGAAAGAGAAAUGGAGGGUGGGGGGAACGAUUAAAGUUCUUGAGGCUUUUUUAAUUCAAAAUUUUAUAGAGGGGCAAAAGUGAUGUUUACCAGAUAGAAUGCUGAUUUUUUUAAUAUAUUUACAACAGUAUUUGUGUAAAAAAAAAAACAAAAAAGUGAGAUUGUUAAAAGUAAUUUUUUUCUCAUUUUGGUUUUGCAUACACUGCCACCAAUCCCUUCUCAUUCACUUUGUCUAUCACACACAUAUAUAUAUAUAUUUUUUCGUAAGUCAAGACUGUUAAGGUUAGCGAUACUGCUUCCAGAUAGAAAGAAUAAAAGGCAACUAAAGUUAUAUUUGAAAGAGAGGAAGGAUAUUUUCUUCAUAUUUUUUUCUUAAUUUUUUAUUAUUUUAAGUAUUGCCUGGGUUGCUGAGGGCCCCAGAGGCCCACACACCCCUGCUGUAACUUCAACUGCUGCUCUGUUUUGCUGUGUAGAUCUUUGACUUCUAGCAAGCUUAAGUUGUUCCACUGAAUGUUUUUUCAUCGAUCCAUCUAGAAUUCUGUCCUUUUUCAUGGGAGGGACAUGAUCUUUUAGCCGAUUUCUUACUUUUCCAAAAUUUUCAAUGAGCUCUUAGGAUUCUAGAGUGUCCAGUGACCUUGCUUUUUUUUUUUUCUUUGAUGAAACACUAGUAGUCUAGAGAUCUUGACAAAGGGGUUUGUUUCGUUCAUGGUCAGCCAGGAGGACUCCACAAAACUCUACCCUCCCACUGUGUGAACGCCACUCUGAGAAGCUGUUACAAACGACAAUGCGUCAUCGAUGCCAAACUCCUUUCUUCCUUCACACAUCACCUGGGACUCUUCCCAGCAUGGCUCAGAGGGUGAAGUAGGAUGAUCAUUCUUUAGUUGAUUCUUAACCCUUGCUUUUGGAUGUUAACAAUUUCCCUAUGCUAACAUCCAGCUUCCAGAAGGCCCUGGAACUGUGGCCUCAUCCCAGAUGCCACUCUUUCUAGUUGAGAUUCCUCUCCGUGGUCUUGAUCAAGAAAUCCUACGAUUUUCUAGUUAUAUACAGUGUCCUGAAGGGAUUCCAGCUCAAAAAUAGGACUUUCAAAACCUAGCUAACACUCACAAAGUAAUUUCAUGAUGGGGCAUGUUUUAGCAUACUUAAAAGGAAAAAUAAAUAUUCCAAUAAUGCAGAAACACCAAACUACACUUUUAAAAAGAAGAAAAGAGAGGAUAUUUUCGUUUCUAAAUUACUCUACAUUUUAAUUUAAUUUUCCUCCUAAUUUUCCUGUUAGCAUUUUAUUUACAAAAAAA